UUUAUUUUUCUCCGGUUAGGGCACACUGUUCGCCAUUGCUAGUUAAGAGGAAAACCGGAGUUUAAAUGUAAUUUUAUCAUUUCUAGUUGCAAUUUAAGUGCAUUUCGCAACUAGCACCGUGCCGGCCGCUGUUCGUAGGCCCUCGCGUGCAACUCAGAUCCCCGCCAACCGGUCGAAAACAAGGUGAAAUGUAGAUGUCCACCAAGCGGCGGUCGCAGAAGCAGCAAUAACAAAAGCAAAAGUGAAAUUAAGGCCGCAGGAGAAGCGGAACUGCAGUAUCUCAGGGCGGAGCCAUGGAGAACCUCAAGAUAAGCGACAAACUUUUCGAGGAUGUGAUUUAUUUUGUGCUCGGCAACCUGGAUGAAGAGAUCGAACGUUUCCUUAAGAGCGGCGGCGCCCAAUCGAAACUGUUCCUGUCAGACACAAUUACACAUCUGAUAUGUGCCACCAACUAUUCGGAGGAGGAGCUGUCCAUGAACUUGGAUCUGUAUAGCGCGAUACCCGUGACGGAGCAAUGGAUCGUCCACAGCGCCAAGCUGGGCCGGAUGGCCUCGACACGGGCCUUCGAUCCGAGUCCCAAUCAGCUACGACUCAUGCGCGGCAUCCGUGUGGCCAUUACAAAUGUUGUGGCGGGGGAUCGCAGGCGCCUCUACGCCAUGCUCACCUACCACGGCGCCGUUGUCACGCACAGCUUUGGGGCCACAAACACGCAUCUGGUAUGCGGGGCGGCUAACGGUGGCAUCUACAACAAGGCGCUGGCGCUGCCCAAGAAUGCCAUUAUCAUAGUGACGCCGGAUUGGGUGACGGACUGCCUGAAGUCCAGGAGUUGCCUGCCCACGGAGCCAUAUCAUCCUAGGCUGCUGAAGCCCAUCGAAAAGCAGCGGACGCAGAAGCAGCAGGCAGCAUCACAGCAACAAAUGCAGCAGCAAUUCCAGCAGCAACAAUUACAACAACAGCAUCAGCAGCAACUGCAACAACAGCAGCAGCAGCAAAUCCUCCAGCAGCAGCAACAGCAGCAGGCGGCACAACAACAACAACAGCAGCAGCAGAUCCCUGCUCCUUCUUCGUCGGCCCUAUCAGACAUCCUGGGCUUUGGCGAGGACAGUGCAGCUGCCAAGAGCAUCGCUAGCAUCAAGUCGCAGCUUCAGGCUUCGGCCGAGCAAAUACAGCAACAACAGUUGCCUUUGCCCAGUGCCCAGCAACAGCAGCAGCAAGUGGUCUUUGUGCGACCUCAGCCGCAGCCACAGCAACAGCAACAGUUGCUGCAACAAGGCGGUCCUCAAGCACAGGCUCCGCCAUCACCACAUCCUCAGCAGCAACAGCAACUAAUUAUACAACAACAGAAAAUCAUACCCGCCAACCUGCAGCAGCCGCAGCAGAACCAGCAACAGAUCAAGAACAUUCUACAGCAACAAAGACAGCUGAAGAAUGCACAGCAACAACAGGUUCAACAGCAGCAAAUUCAAAUGAUUCAGCAACAGCAGCAGCAGCAACAACAACAGCAACAACUUAUACAGCAAGAUUCGCAGCAGCAGCAGCAGCAACAACAGUCGCCCAGACUGCCUACCACUCCAACGGGGCGACAAACGCCCCGAACUCCACAGUCAACAACGCCGCAGCCGAUUCAAUCUCCGCAGCAGCAGCACCAACAGCAGAUUGUGCAGCAACAACAACAGCAGCAGCAACAUCAAAUUGUACAGCAACAACAGAUAGUCCAGCAACAGCAACAAUCUGUGCCAGUUUCGCCGCAAAUUAUACACCAGCACUUGAUGCGGCAGCAACAGUUAUUAAAUCAAAGCCAAAUGCAACUGCAACAGAUUAUCCAGAGCGGACAGGCAUUGACGCCGCAGCAGCAGCAGCAACAAAGGCAAAAUCAACAGCAACAGCAACAGAUCUUGCAGCAGCAACAACAAUUGCAAAUGCAAAUCCAACAGCAGCAGCAAAAUCUCCAACAACAGCAACAGCAGCAGGUGCAGCAAAGCCUUCAGCAAUCGCCACGGAUGGUGCAAAACCGGUCGCCCGUAAUGCCACCCAGUACGCCAUCCCCAUCGCUUCAGCAGCAGCAUCAUCCAAACAUGUUGCCGCCGCAAUCACCACGGCAGUUGCAAUCUCCGGCUCCGCAAAUGACGCCGCCGCCACCUCCGUCGCCGCAAAGUGCCCAGCAACAUUUGCGCCAGCAGCAGGUGCAGCAGCAACAGCAAAUCCAGCAGAAUCGCCAGCAGCAGCAGCAUAUGUCCCCGCAGCAACAGCAACCGCCGGCGAUGAUGUCACCGCAGCAGCAGCAGCAAAUGCAACCCUUUCAGCAGCCCGUCCAUCAGCAGCAGCGUAUGCAAUUGCAGCAGCAACAACAAUUGGCCCAGCAGCAGCAGCAAAGUCCGCAGCAAAUAUCUGCACCACAGUCGCCGCAGAUUCCACAGACGCCGCCCAUGCAACAAACCAAGCUGCAUCACCAUCAGGUGGCUGGGCAACCGCAACAGCAGCAGCAGUCCUUCUCCCAGCAAAAGCCCAUUGAUCCCACGGAUCCCGUUCAGGUGGCCCAGGUGCUCAGCCGUUCUGCAUUGAGCAGCAACCAAGAUUCGCUGAUAAUGCGGCAACAACAAUUGAAGCAGCAACAGCAGUUGCAGCAGCAGCAGCAACAGCAAAUGGCUCCGCAGCAACAGCAGCAGCAGCAGCAACAACAGCAGCCCCAGCAACAACAAACUCCAUCUCCGCGACAGUCGCCGUUGCAGCAACAGCCAACUACACCAACAAUACAACAGCAGCAGCAGCCACCAAAUCCUCAACAAAUACAACAAGUUUUGGCCCAGCAGCAGCAACAACAAGUGCUGGUACAGCAACAACCUCAGCCUGGACAGGCUCAGCAGCAGCAGCAGCAACAAGUUAUCACCCAGCGACAUGUAAUAAACACAUCAACGGCCCAAGGACAACAGAUAAUCCAAAGUCUUCAACAGAAGCAGCAGCAAAUGUUGCAUGUUCAACAACAGCAACAGCCACAACAACAGCAACUUCCUCAGGGGCAGCAACAUCCCCAACAACAACAACAACAACAGCAACAACAACAGCAGCAACAACCGCAGCAACAGCAACAAGUGCAAUUCACUCAACAGCAGCAAAUCGCUUUGGGAGGUGGUGGCCAAGUGCGGAUUAUUCAGCAAACAAUUCAGCGACCACAGCAACAGAUUCCACAACAACAACAUCAACAGAUUAUCGGACAGUUUCCACAACAACAGCAGCAACAACAACCACAGCAGCAACAAGUCCUUGGAGUCCAGCAGGCACAGCAGCAGCAGGCACCGCAGUCGAUGCAACCGCAGGGGAAAACCUUUAUAAUUAGUCAACAGCACUUCAAUCAGCUCAGCUUGGCCCAACAGCAGCAGAUAUUGGCUCAAAAUCCCCAGAGUCAGAACGUUUAUGUUGUGAAUCAGACUAACAUUUCCCAACAACAGCAGCAGCAGCAGCAACAGCAACUAGUGCAGCAGCAGCAGCAACAACAACAGCAAAUGUUGCAGCAGCAGCAGAUUAUGCCACAGCAGCAGCAGCAGCGUAUGCAAAUGCAGCAGCAGCCGCAGCAAAUUGUUGUCAAUCAACAGAUUCUGAGCGACCCACAGCGCUUGCAAUAUCUGCAGCAACAGCAACUGCUGCAAAAGCAGCAACAGCAGCAGCAGCAACAACAACAACAAAUACUUAUACAGCAGCAGCAAACUCCCCAGCAGCAGCAGCCUCAACAGAUUCUCCAACAGAAGUUACCAAUCGACCCCCAGCAACAAAUCAUGCAGCAAGUGUUGAUAACGCAGCAACAAUUGCCUCAACGCACACCUCCCCCGCAACAGCAGCAGCAGCAGCUGCUGUUGCAGCAACAAUCGCCCCAACAUCAUCAGCAAAUGCCGCAGCAUUGGUCCCCGCAAAGUCCGGCAUCAAGUCAGAUAGCGCCCACCACUCCGGGAACUCCCACCAGCAGUGUGGGAAUGCAAUCGCCGCUACCUACAACGCCUCAGCAGCAGCCGCAGCAACCGCAACAGUUUAUGCCGCGCGGCUUGCGACCGCAGACCUCGUGGCCCGGUCAGCAGCAGCAACCACAAGCUCCCCAGCAACAGCAGCAGCAGAUCGUGUUGCCACCGCCAGUCCAACAGCAACAGCAACAACCUCAGCAGGUGCCACAGCAGCAGCAGCAACUGAUAUUGCAGCAGCCACCGCAGCAACAGAAAAUAGUUUUGGAUGAGAAGACGCACGCGCACUUCAUGUCCUUGGAUGCGCACAAGAGAGCCGAGUACAUUACCAAGUUGAAUCAGCAGAACAAGCCGCGAGUGAUGCUGCGCCAGCAGGUUGCUUACCAGCCGCGACCUGGAGCACCGGGCAGCAUAGUUGCAACACGGCCGGCAGGGGGUCCUGUUGUGCCGCCGGGCCAUAUUAUUGUCCAGAGCCAAAUGCCACCGGGAUUGACGCAGCAGCAGCAGAUGCUCUGGCUGCAGCAACAGGGCAAGCGACAGGUGGUCGUCCGAGCCGGCGGCACUCCUGGUCUCAGCCCGAUACAGCAGCAGCAACCGGGAGUGGGAGUGGGACAGCCGACACAGCAACAGCAACAGUCGCCACAGCAGCAGCAACAGGCCUUCAAUCCCAUCAACGAUCCCAAUCAACAAAUGCUUCUGCAGCGGCAACAACUGCGCGUCCAGCAAAUACCCAUCCAGCAGCAACAGGUGCCGCAGCAGCAGCUGGGCAAGCAAACAGUGCAGCUCAUCACUGGACCCAACGGACAGCUGAUAGAGCAGCAGACAAUUGUCCAACAGCCUUCAACGCCGGGAACACCCACCACUCCGGGCGCAAUGCCGGGUCCUGUCACAGGCGGUGCCAACAUAAUGACACAAACUUUGGUCAUGACUUCAACAACUCCCGAUGGACAGCCCCAACAAACCCCGCAGCAAAUGAACCUGAAAACCAAGACUGCCUUGGCCAACAUGCUGAGCAAUCGCUUGGGCAACAAUGGAGUGCAGACGCCUCAGCAGCAACUAAUUCAACUGCCUGAUGGCCAGCAGCAACAGCAACAGAUUGUUCAGCAGGUGGUGACCGGAGCUACACCGCAGCAACAACAACAACUGCUACUGCAACAGCAGCAGCAACAGCAACAGAUGGUUGUCCAGCAGCAGCAUGUGGAGCCGCCAUCGGCAGCCGGUGCUCUCAGGAUGAUGGGUCAGCAGCAUAAUGCAGCAGCCGUUGGGGUGUCCGGACCCCCUCGCACGCAGCAGGAGUUGCUAAUGCUGCAGCAACAACAGCAGCAGCAGCAGCAACAACAACAAAUGCUGCAACAGCAGCAAAUGCGGCGAGUGAUUGCUGUGCCGCAACAGCAGCAGCAGCAGAUACCGCAGCAGCAUCUGGUGCAGCAGCAGAUCGUAGUGGCUCCGCCGCAGUCCCCGCAACAACAACAGAUGGCCGUUGGGGUAGGUGUGGGUGUGCCAGUGCAGCAACGGCCACCUCAUGGAUAUAUGCAGGCCCGCCCCGGACAGCCACCGAUACCGAUGCCGCAGUUUUACGGCCACAAUCCCAACCUGAAGCUGCCCGCCGAUCUCUUUCUCGUGGGCUGCACCUUUUACAUCGUGGAGUACGAUGAAACGGAUGGCGAUGAGCUGCCCAUAUGGCUGGACACAAUUCGCCAGUUUGGUGGUGACAUCGAACGGGUUUACUGUCCCCGGGUGACGCACGUCAUCUGUCGCACCCAGCGGCAUGGGGUGGUGAUGCAGGCCCUGCGGGAUGCCAAGCGCUGCGUUACCGCCUACUGGCUGAGCGAUAUCUGUCUCAAGCGUCAGCUGAUGCCGCCAUGGCAGCCGCUUCACCUGCCCUUUCCCAGUCAGUUUGGCUACCGCAAGCCCUUGGAAAGGUACAUUAUCACCUCGGAGGGAUUCGAGGGCGAGGAGCAGGUGAGGCUGCAGCAGAUGGCCGAGGAAUGUGGCGCCAUAUACACCUCGUACCUGUCCAAGGUGAACACGGUGAUUGUGUGCAAGCAGCUCGAGGGCAACAAGUUCAACGCGGCCAAGGAGUGGAGCAUACCGAUGGUGAACGCCCUCUGGCUCAGCGAUGUCUGCAUCGGUAAUUUGAGCGGCCUGUCCCAGUACGAUAAUCCCAAGUACCAGCAAUAUAACUUAAUUGCUCCCUUCCGCAUCGAAUGCAACCUGGUGGCGCAUCUGUUAACUGCUUGGAAAGCACCCAUAAACCUUACCCAGGAGGCGCACGAGCGCGUCAAGCGCCACCUGUCCGAUCCCUUUGGCAACGAGCACAAGUUGAAGCGCCAGAAGAUGAAUGCCUUCCAGCAGGAGCAGCUGCCAGAGCAAAUUGUUUGCCUCGAGUAUCCCACGAAUACCAAGCCUCCCAAGGUUAUCUUUUCCCAGGUUGCCGAAGCCGAAGCCCUCAAAAAGGCAGUGCUAAUUUUGGGCGGUAUCGUUGUAGAUAGCCCAGCAGAUGCCACGCAUCUGGUGAUGACACGCGAGAGUCGCACUUGCAAGCUUAUCCAGGCCUGCUGCCAUGUGGACUUUGUGCUCAAGUCCAGCUGGAUUGUAGAGAGCGCCAAGGCUGGUAAAUUUGUACCAACCGAACCGUAUCGCAUCCAGCACAUACCGGUCGACGAGAAUCUGCAAUUCAAUUUGAACACCGUCCUGUGCGCCCCCACACGUUCCACGUUGUUUGCCGGCAAGUACUUCUAUGUGACGCCGGAUGUGUUCCCUGCCCGCGACGAAAUAAUACGGAUGAUUGAAUCAUCCGGCGGCAAGGUGGAGCCAAAGCGACGGACCGGUGCUGCUGUUGCCGAGGCCCAUGUCCAAUCGCCCGACUCCUACAUCAUAGUGACCUGCCCCACGGAUAUGCAUCUGUGCGCGGAUCUAACGCGACAUGGCAACCCAAAGUGUCACAUUGUGUCCACGGAAUUCGUGAUGAGCUCGAUACUCAGGCAGCAGCUCGAGAUAGAGCCCAACCUCAUACCCUACUUGUACAACAACAACAACAAUGUGAAUAGCUGUAUUAGCAAUAAGUCCUCCUAGCGCCGUGUCUUCUGGUUGCUCUAGAGCUGUCGAGAAUAGGAUUUCUGUGACGAAUUAAACAAGAAUUUAUGCGAGCUGUAAUAUACAUAAGUAGGUAAGAGUGUGGGGCUAAAGUAGGAAAGUUUUGAUGGCGGGAAUCGGUUCUCUAGAGCAUUGAUCGUGUCAUUGACUGACUGAAUCAAUUAGUUGUAGCCUGCUCCAGUUUCUUAUGAUAUACCAACAAACGAAUCUAGUCCACAGAAUUCGUCAGUGCGUCGUACGGGCAUGCAAAUAUAGAUACCAGCAUAUCGGUUACACUGGUAUGUUAUAUAUCUUUUAUUUCAAAUUAUUUAGUCUUUGCACGAAUUUUAUUCAAAGUGUAUAUAUCGAAAGAUUUUUCUUAAACUGUCACAAUUUAGGAUUUACUAUAACUUUUUCAUUGCAUUACCAUUUAUCAUUACAAAAAAAUAUUUUAAGGCAUUAGUUUAUUUGAAAUUGCGGCCCAUAUUGUAUGAAUUUUAUGAAUUUAGCAUGUAGCAAAAGAAUUACCUUAAUUAUUGUAAGGUUGAGAGAUUCAUGCAUAUAUUUUUGUAGGUUCCAGAACCUCCCCACACUAGAAUAAGGAUGUCACACAAAUAUACACAUUCAUAUAUAUAUGUAUCCUAGAGUAUACGAAAUGUUUCACAGAAAUUGAUAUAUAUAUAUAUUGCUGGCUAUUAGUAUAGUAAGAGUACUUUUUACAUAGAUAUAGAAAAUAUUUUCUCAACUAAUUUUAAACCCU